AUGUGCCAGAAGACUUGUAUCAAUGCCAGAGACAAAGAUUUCAACUAUGCUCAGUACCAUGGAGAUUCUUAUCUGGAAUUUCAAGGUUUUCAGUUGAAACCACAAAACAACAUCCAUCUAGAAUUUCAGACCUAUAGCUGCCAAGGACUCCUUCUGUACAUUGAACAGAGCCCAGCAACAAUGGGACAUUUCUUUAUUCAACUCUUCAUCAAACAUGGUACCUUACAGUACCAAUUCAUAUGUGAUGGGGCAGCAGAAGUUAGAAGCAUCAAUACUACUAUUAGAGUGGAUGAUGGACACAAGUAUAGAGUUCACAUUAGGCAAGACAUGAUACCAUGUGAUGCUGAAAUGUCUGUCCUGGGUAUUUCUACGAAGAUAAGCAUGCCUACCGAUCUCUGGUCCAGUUCAGUUUGGCUUGAGACAGGUCCUAUAUUUAUAGGUGGUUUGCCUCAUCGCUACGCAAAAAAACAGGUGCCUGAACCUGUCUACAAUUUCACCGGCUGUAUGCAAGUCCUAGAAAUCAAUAAUCUAGGACCUCUCACCUUCUCUAAUGCUGUGGGCAGAAACAAUAUUGACAGCUGCAGGCUUCCUCUUUCUACACACCUGUCAACAGAUGUCCUUGCUGCUGCUUCUGAUAUGUCUGGACUUCUCAAGCCUGCUGAGCCUUCCUUGAGUUCUCCUGGGUUGCCAUCAGUGUGUCAGAAGAGUUUGUGCCAUAAUGGAGGGACUUGUCAUCACAUCCAUCUUUCUAGUGGGGCCGCAUCAUUUCAAUGUGACUGCCCUCUACAUUUCUCUGGGCGUUUCUGUGAAAAAGCCAAUGAAAAGAAUUUUGGAGAACAGUUUCUUCAUCUGUAUCUGGAAGAAGGAAGACCAACAGUUCGAUUUGGGUGUGGCAACUCACAAAACAUUCUGGCUGUGUCCGUCAAUCAAUCUGUUAGCAAAGAUGUACUCUUAUCUAUCACAGUAAGCUAUAUGUUGCCUGUUAGCAGUCCUGGAGGUUAUUGUAUGAUUAAAAUGGCUGCAGAUGGAAAUCCUCCUGUGCAACACAGAGUCUCCCUGACAUAUCCUGUGUCUCAGAGCACCUUUGGAUCAAUGUUCCUUGGAAAUGUCCCUGCUCAAGCUCAGGUCCACCAGAGUGCAGGACGGAUUCAGGGCUACAGAGGCUGCAUUAGGGAGUUUCAAGUGAACAACAAAGAAUUAUUUAUCAUCGACGAGGCCCUAGGUGGGAGGAACAUUGAGAACUGCAAUGUCCCUGUCUGUGAUUAUCAUCCAUGUCACAAUGGCGGUACCUGCACCAGUGAUACAGAAAACUGGUUCUGUGAAUGCCCUGGACUCUACUCUGGAAAACUGUGUCAGUUUGCAACUUGUGACGAGAAUCCAUGUGGGAACGGUGCUACUUGUUUUCCAAAAUCCAGCCAAGAUGCUGUUUGCCUCUGUCCUUAUGGAAAAGCUGGAAUCCUCUGCAGUGAUGCUAUUAAUAUUAGCCAGCCCAGUUUCAGUGGCACAGAUGUAUUUGGCUAUACCUCAUUCCUAGCCUUUUCUGCAAUCCCAAAUAUCAGCUUCUACUAUGAAUUCCGCCUGAAAUUUCAACUGGCAAACAACAACUCAGCAGUACAAGAUAAUCUGAUAUUUUUCACGGGACAGAAAGGCCAGGGUCUCAAUGGAGAUGAUUUCCUGGUGCUAGGCCUGCGUAAUGGCAGUGUUGUAUACAGCUACAACCUGGGCUCUGGCACGGCCACUCUCAUUAGUCAGCCACUCGAUCUGACACUCAGUAUUCAUGUGAUCCAUCUUGGCAGAUCUCUCCGAGCAGGCUGGCUGAAGGUGGAUGAUCAUAAGAAUAAAUCCGUCACAUCCCCAGGAAGGUUGGUUGGGCUCAAUGUCUUCAGUCAAUUUUAUGUCGGCGGUUACAUUGAAUACACUCCUGAACUCUUACCAAAUGGAUCCAAAUUUGAGAAUGGCUUUCAAGGGUGUAUUUUUGACAUAGAAGUUCGGACUGGAAAGGAUCACCGAUUUAAAUCACCAGGUAUUCCAGAAGGCCAUCCCAAUGCAGGUCGCAGUGUAGGACAAUGUGAAGAUUCCCCAUGCAGUUUAAUAAAAUGCAGAAAUGGUGGAAUGUGCAUGGAAAGUGGCUCUACCGUUUACUGUGACUGCCCCACUGGAUGGAAAGGAGCAUUUUGCACAGAGACAGUUUCAGUUUGCGAUCCUGAGCACAACCCACCACAUCUCUGUGGAAAAGGUGCUACCUGUGUGCCACUGCCUGAUGGAUACGCCUGCCACUGCCCACUAGGAACCACUGGCGCCUUCUGUGAACAAGCCUUAUCCAUCAGUGAUGCAUCUUUCAGAAGUAAUGAAUCAUCGUGGAUGUCAUUUGCUUCCUUUCAUAUCCGACACAAGACUCACAUCCAGCUACAAUUUCAGCCUCUUUCUGCAGAUGGUAUCCUUUUUUAUACUGCCCAGCACCUUAGCCCUCGAUCAGGUGACUUCCUAUGUAUAUCCUUAGUAAAUGGAUUUGUACAGCUACGCUACAGCCUUGGUGACAAGAUAGUCAUCUUACAGUCUCUUCAAAACGUGUGUACAAAUGGAAGUACAUGGCAUUUCCUUAAAGCUGGAAGAGUAGAUAAUGAAGGUUACCUGGAUCUGGAUGGCAUCAACAUUACGCAGAAAGCCAGUGCCGGAAUGACUGCCCUCGACAUAAACACAGAUUUCUAUGUUGGAGGAGUGUCAUCCUUAAAUCUUGUCAAUUCAAUGGCAACAGAGAAUGAACCCAUAGGUUUCAGUGGGUGUAUACGAGAAAUUAUUAUAAACCACAGAGAACUAAAACUCACUGAAGCAGACCCUAAAGAUGGUUCCAAUGUAGGUGACUGUGAUGGAACUGUUUGCGGUUAUACAGUGUGCAAACAUAAUGGUAAUUCAUACAUCAAAUACAUGGAUCCUCAUUAUGGAAAGAGAGACCUCAGAUUUACCAGUGUCUCUCUAAAUUUUACUACCAGUCAGAGUGAAGGCUUAAUUUUAUGGAUGGGAAAAGCUGAAGAUGAAGACAAUGAUUUCCUUGCAGUUGGUCUUACUAAUGGGACCUUGAAAGUUGUGGUUAAUCUUGGAGAAAGAAUCUCUGUCCCUUUAAUCCACAGUAAACAUUCCCUUUGUUGCAAGAGAUGGCAUUUUAUCACCAUAGCUCAAAACCAGACUUCUAUUAAAGUGUACCUUGAUGAAUAUCUGGUUCUCUUUGAAGAUAUUGAUCCACAAAGAAAAUACAUUGCUCUAAACUAUGGAGGCAUUUGCUAUUUUGGUGGGUUUGAACUUGGCAGAAAAGUAAACAUAGUCACUUCAGGGCUUUUUACUCAGCAGCUAUUUGGUAAAAUUAAAGAUGUUGUACUCUUUCAAGAUUCUAAAACAAUCCAAUUAAUUAAGGCAGAAGGCUACAAUGUUUAUGAUGGAGAUGGGAUUAAUUGA